AUGCGGCAAAGAUACGCUAUAAAAUCCACCUUUGCAGUAACUGAAAUAAAAAUUCACGCUAAGGGAAAGAAAAGGAAACGUAAAGCAGCACGUAGGCGUCCCAAUUUACCAAGUUAUAAAAAAUCAGCUCGAAAGCGUUCUGAUGACAGUUCUAGCGAAACGUCUUUAGAGGAGCGUUACACCAAAGGAUCUCGUAAGCCUAAAAGUGACAAACAUUCUCAAAUUAAGCGUCCUGCUCAAGUAUACCGGACUGAGCAGCUCAUAGCUCGAAAAUAUGAUGAGACAUCUCCAUCUGAGCCACUCAGAGCCAGGAAAUACUCAGAUGAGAUAUUGGCAGUCACUCAUCGAAGAGUACAGAUGGAAAAGUCUCCUGCUUCGCGACAGCAGCAGAAGCCUACUCAACGAAAAAGAGACUCCAGUGAAACAUCUCUCAGCGAGCUAAGUAAAACAGGAAAGCAUUCUGAUAGAACAACUCCAUCUGAGAGAAAUAGAACUAGUAAUGUUUACUCACCAUCUGACGAACUUUCCAGUGAGAGUGGCAAAUCUAGAACAACCGACGCCACAAGAAGAUCAAUGCCAUAUGCCGGUUUAUUUAUUAGAGAGAAAGAAGAUCAUGAUAGAAAGUCCAGCGAUAAUGAAUACAUUGAAACACAACAUGAGAAAAUAUACAUCGGAGACCCGACAGACCCAACUGCUAUUUUGAACCCAGUGGUUACCCAAGAACAAUAUAACCGCCUGCUAGCGAAAAUCCGAAAGCUAGAGAAGAAGUUUGGAAUUACAACAAAAUGGAACGAUCUCACAAAAACCACUUCUAUGACUCAUCCAAAGGCAGCUUUAAAUAUUUCGGUACGGCUGGACAGAGCAGAAAACAGACUUGCGCGUUUAUUAGAUAUUGUUACACAACUUGCCAGUCAAAUACCGGAGAGAGACCUACAAGCACUUAUAAAUGAGAUACCUUCUUCGGGGAAUGAACCCAAAAGCUUUAAACUAUCGGACCCUCAAUCAGGUCCAACAUCAGAGCUACCAGGAACUCUUGAUACAGACCAAACAUUUCAAUAUGGCGGUCAAGCUUUUGAAUCUAGUCAAGGAGGCCAAGUAUUACUACCUACUAAACCACCUGCAAACGUGACACAUCCAGAAAUGAAGGAUGAACUGGAACGAGCAGAAGCCGCCAUAGAAAGAAUGUUAGAGCAAGCCAUCUCCAGAGGAAAAUUUGACAGAUGUGGUCAAGCUCUUGGAGGAAACGGUAAUUUACCUAGUUUUCUUCAACCACGACGUGACUGUGUAAAACAAAUGUCAGAAACACAGUACUAUAUAACUUUAUGA